AUGACUGCGCUGAUGGCAGCUUUCAUGGCAACGGUCUCAUCAGUAACCCCGUACACACCUGCGCGAGCGGUCGUUCUAUUCGCGUUUUCCGCCGCUUUCGUGGAUGCGACAUGCCUGGUCGGGAUUCUGGAAUUACAAUUUGGAGCCGCAGACGGUGACAUCGGUAUAGCAACAGGCUUGAUGGGCACUUCCCGAGCCACGGGUGGUGCAAUAGCCAUUGCCAUAUUUGGCUCGAUCAUUCGAAACAGAACGGCCGCCAAGCUGGCUCCGGAUUUGGCGGCGGCCGUAAUUGCUGCAGGACUACCCAAAUCUCAAGUUGAGGCAUUCAUCGAAUCGAUCGAGGGCGUCACUCCAGUCAUUCUCGCCGCCGCAACAACAGCGGCGAAAUAUGUCUUCGCCGAUGCAUACAAGCUCCUCUAUCUAGUCACACUGUCAUUUGGAGUGCCGGCAAUUGUUGCUGCUGCGCUUUCCCGAAGCUGUGAUGAUAAAUUGACCAGUCAAGUCCCAGUUAGACUCGACGCUCCUCACCUUCUCGGUGAAGGCAAAGGCGAAGCUCUGGUACUGCACAAACUAGAAGAGAAGCCAGAAGCCUGGGGAAGUUAUACCCAAACAAGCGUCGUUCCACGUGAGAGGAGAGCUCUGAAACCCACACUCAGCCGGAAUUGGUGGUAG